AUGCAACUUCGCCGAAGGUUGAGUCGUGUUUCGACAUUGACUCCAUUUACUAUCCCAUACAAAAAAACUUUAGGCCAUAAAUUACGUGAUUUCAUAGAUGAGUUAGGUCAGAAAUUUACACCAAUAAAGAAAUAUAUAUUCCCCAAUUUUAUUGCCGUUCAUUAUUUUUAUAUCAUUUCAUUGACUAUCAUUGCUUCAAUAUUGAUGUACCCUAUCAAAAAUGCCAGAUAUAUCGAUAUUUUAUUUUUGGCCGCAGGCGCUACAACACAAGGUGGUCUAAAUACUGUAGAUCUGAACGGCCUUACAUUGUACCAGCAAUUGAUAAUAUAUUUAACAUGUAUGCUUUCUACGCCGAUCAUCAUUCAUGGUUGUUUAGCGUUCGUUAGAUUAUACUGGUUCGAAAGAUAUUUUGAUGGUAUUAGAGACUCCUCAAAGAGAAAUUUUGAGAUAAGGAGAACAAAAACAACUUAUAGAAAGAGAAUUAACUGCAAGGACAAAAACGAAUAUGUCCCAUCAAGCUUAUUCAAGAUCGCAUUUUUUUCAGUCCCGCAAAGAAGAGAUGAUUUCCAAGAAAAGUUAUUCAGUGGUAAAAUGGUCAAUAGAGAUGAACAAGAAUCCAUCAAUGAUACAAUUACUGGCCAUAGUCGUUAUGCAGCCAUACGCCCACAGGCUAAUUCCCACAAUUCUGACUCCAACAGCUCCUCAGUACCAACUUCUAGUUCAACAAAGGACGAGGCAUCGGUUACUAAACCAUAUAUAAAUCAUACACUAGGGGUUUCCGAACCACAAAUACGGCAUAAUGAUGGGAGCUUUGAUAGAGAUUAUGAGGAUGAGACUGAAAACUUUGCUAGAAGGAGGAUGUCAGAAGAUAUUUUGCCUGAAGAUAUGUAUCGAUCUAUCAUGCUGUUAAGGAAUCAACAUGAUGAUGCAAAAGAAGAUGAUGGACCUGCACUAAUUGUGAAGGCCCCAACAGGAAGAAGCUUGAAUUUUUAUGACAGAGAAAUAAGUCCAAAGGACAUCACUGAAAAUUCUUUACAACCGAGACCUGCAGAUAUAAUAGACAACAACAGCUCAGCAGUGGAAUCACUUUCCACUUUUGGCAAUAUACCGAACAGCAGAAAUGACAGUGAAAAUGCAUCCGAUCGUAGUACAGAUUUCAACAACGUCGAAUCUGGGGCAGAUUUAUCAGAUACUGAAGGGGUUCUGUCUCCACAUAGUUCUCGGCAAAGUCUAGGCUCUAUUAGCCCGAAAACAAGAUCUAGAUCUCCCGUAUCAAACAAACAUUACAUGUUGAAUUCAGAAUGGAAACCAGAUGAGGCAAAUAUACUGAAUAGACAACGUCCAACUAUUCAAUUCGAUAUCACAAAACCCCCAAAGAGACGGUUACAACGAGAGAGACAAAUAAAAGCACAUAAUGCUACCAUGGAGGUAGAUUCACCAAGAUCAUACUUUGCUCAUACCCGAAGAUCAAGCCGAAAUAUAUUCAAACAUAUACCGAAGGGGAGGCGAAUACGGCAAAAAAUCAAAAGAAGCUUAUCCACAGGUUCCACAGAAAAACGUACUGGGAAGAGUACAAGGCGUUCACGUGGACAAUACACUGAACAUGAUGGAGAUAAUGAAGAGUAUUUUGCAGAUGAUGAAACAGACGACGAACAAGAAAAUCUGAGCAGUAACAAUAAUGUUAACCGAACCCAUUGGGAAGAAACUGUUUCUAGACCACCUUUGAGGCAGAAUAGAUCAUCAUUCGAUAAUUCUCAGGGUCACGAUAUCGUACAUCCCUUACAUAAAUCAAGGACCUACGACCAAGCAUUGGUGAAAACGCUAGAUGAGUUGGCAAGGAAGCCUGAUUUCCAAAAGGUAAUAUAUGAAGAUUGGAAAGCCAAACAUAGGAAGAGCAGCGCAUUUCCGCAUUUUGAAAGUCAUUUCCCCCAAAACAAACGUGCCUCUGUACUAUUCAAAGGAGAUAGACCCCUCGGCCAUCCCGGCCAUGGAUCAGACCAGUAUAGUUCUGAUUCUCAUCCUAACCCAUCUAGUAUGAAUGAAGAUGAUGGUUAUCUCCAAAGUCUUGAAAGUACCAAUGCCAACAAGCCCGACAUUGAUGAAGAAGGAAACUAUUAUGGACUACAUUUCGACCCUGAUAUAAAUUUUUCUCGCCCUCAUGGGCACAUAGAAAGAACAAUGAGUACCAAUUACUUGUCCUGGCAACCAACCAUAGGACGUAAUUCUAAUUUUUAUGGUUUAACGCAAAGACAGAAAGAUGAGCUAGGCGGUGUUGAAUACAGAGCUAUCAAGUUACUGUGCAGAAUUCUUCUUGCUUAUUACAUUGGCUUCAAUAUCAUGGCAUUUGUGAUGUUAGUCCCAUGGAUCUGUGUUCGUAAACAUUACAUAUCCAUUGUUAGAGAUGAUGGUAUUUCACCUGCAUGGUGGGGAUUUUUCACUGCUAUGAGUGCAUUCUCUGACCUAGGAUUAACAUUGACGCCUGAUUCCAUGUCAUCAUUCAAUAAAGCUAUCUAUCCAUUACUUACCAUGGCAUGGUUUAUUAUUAUCGGUAAUACGGGGUUUCCUAUAUUAUUAAGAUUUAUCAUUUGGAUCAUGUUUAAACUGGCACCUGAUUUGUCGCAAUUGAAAGAAAGCCUUGGAUUUUUACUGGAUCAUCCCCGUCGUUGCUUUACUUUGUUAUUUCCAAGCGCAGCCACCUGGUGGCUUUUAUUGAUCUUAUUAUUUUUAAAUUUUACCGAUUUAAUUUUAUUUGUCAUUUUAGAUUUUGGCUCUUCGUACCUAGACGGUAUUGGAAGAGGAUACAAAGUUGUAAUGGGAUUAUUUCAAGGUGUUUGUACCAGAACUGCUGGCUUUUCUGUCAUGGAUUUAAGUAAGCUACAUGCGGCAAUCCAAGUUUCUUACAUGCUAAUGAUGUACGUUUCGGUCUUGCCAUUAGCCAUUUCUAUAAGAAGAACGAAUGUCUAUGAGGAACAGUCUUUAGGAAUAUAUGGUGAGAUACGUACACCGGAAGAAAUAGAAGAAGAAGAGGAAGAAGAGGAUGGAGAGCAUAGUGAUGAUGAACAAGAUGACAAUAAUGAAGAAGAGUAUGACGAGAGCUCAAACAAUGAAGAGGACAGUACGGAAACGUCUGGCUCAUCAAGAAGCUCGAAUAAGAAAAAGAACAUGAGGAAAACUAAGAAAGUAUCUACGAGAUCUUUCAUUGGAGCGCACUUAAGAAGACAGUUAUCCUUUGAUCUUUGGUUCUUAUUCUUGGGGCUCUUUAUUAUCUGUAUCUGUGAGAAUGGUAAAAUUAAGGAUGAUGCUGCACCAGCUUUCAAUGUAUUUUCAAUCUUGUUUGAGAUUGUUAGUGCUUAUGGUACUGUUGGGUUAUCGCUUGGAUAUCCAAAUACAAAUCAAUCAUUCUCUGGCCGACUUACUGUAUUGUCAAAGUUAGUAAUUAUUGCCAUGUUAAUUAGGGGAAGAAAUAGAGGUUUGCCAUAUUCUUUGGACCGUGCAAUUAUGUUGCCAAGUGAUAGGUUAGAACACAUUGACCAUAUCGAAGACCUAAAGCUCAAAAAAAGAAGCGCCAUCUCAAAAAGCGAUAGUCAAUCGAAUAGAGAUCCAAUGAACAGUUAUGUAAAGAAUGGAACAAGGUGGAUACGACGAGGAUUAAAGAAAAGUUUUACAUUACCCCCUCAGCAACGCCAAUCUUCAGCUGCUACAUCUGCAAGAUCUCAUUUCUUGUCCGAAAGAAGUAACGAACAAUAG